AUGGUCCUUAUAAGUACCAUGGAAAGAUACCUUUUUCUCACUGCAUUCGCCAUUCUGCCAAUCUGUGCAUCUGCGACCGUCUACUACGUCGAUGGAAGCAAUGGCAGUGACUUUAACCGUGGAGACAGCAUUCAAAAUGCAUUUGCAUCCAUCAAAGCCUGCGUUGACGCCCUCAAUGGGCCUGGUGACGAGUGCCAUAUUCGCGCUGGUCGAUAUCAUCAACCUGUGUUUCAGAUAUCUGGCAAGCAAGGUUCCCAGUCCCAACCGAUUGUCAUCCGGGGUUAUCAAGACGAAGUUCCUGUUAUUGACGGUACAAUCCCGUUGGCUCCUAAAGCUGGCUGGAAACUUGAUCCAAAGACCGGAAUUUUCAGGUGCAGUUCUUUUGAAAUGUUUAAUUGCUAAAUCAGACCAAUAAAUUUUUAACUGUCUUAGCUAUGGUAGUCAAAUAAAAUUUUUAAAAUGCAGUGUGCGUGUUUGAAUACUCCCAAGGCGUAAUAUUUAUACCCUGAAAGAUAUUUUAAUGAUAAGGAAGGUAAAAUAAGUUACGGUUUGAAACACAGCCCUAAUGAACAUAAAGCGCCACUGGAUUAACUGGAGACUGUAGGCUCCGAAUUAUUUAUUUAUUUAAUAUUUAUCAAGAGAGGAUAAAACACUUUGAAUUUGUUUAUUUAAUCGACCCUAGUCUCAAUGAGCCCUCCAGUCCUGGAAUUAAAAAACAAGAAUCAUUAAAUCAAAAUAAUGGUGAUGAUGAUGAUGAUGAUGAUAUUGAUGAUGAUAAAAAUAAUGAUUCUUUUAAACGACGCUGAUGAUGAUGAUGAUGAUUACGCCUUUAACAACAUUCUUGUGACCGCAGUUUUGUAUAAAAUUAGGUGUUAUACAACGCAAGCCCUAGUAACAAUCAUCGUGUCCUACCAUCGAUGACAUCGCUUCUGUUUUAAAACGAAAAUUAAACCGCCAGUGUGAAACAGUUCGCACAAUUUGUUCCUUAAGUUUGUCCUCAACAGGGCCAAAAACGUUCUGUCUUUCUUGUGUUUGAAAGAACUCAGAGUAAGGAAACCUACACUUCAAAGUUAUUGCACAUAUUUUAUUCUAUGCUUACAUCAAUCUUAAAAUGUUGUCUUACAGUGCUAAGAUAGAUCAGGACGUUUGGCAACUUUUCGUCGAUGGUGAAAUGAUGACUAACGCCCGAUGGCCAAACGCACUGUGGUCAGACAAGACGGUUUUUCUGAACAAAUACUGGGCUAAGUCUCACAAAAGUUCCAAGCGAGGAAAAAUGGUCGACAGUGGUCAGAAAGAUUUAGCUGGAAGUGGUAUCAACGCUGAGGGGGCUAUGGCAAUUCUUAACAUCGGAAGUUUCAACACUUUCACUGCUGCUGUUAAGCGCCAUUCCCCAGGGCAGAAUUUCUUCACUUAUGAUGACAAAUUCGGUGAUAUCAAGUUCAAGGCAGGCCAUAAUCAAUACUUUCUUGAAGACAAACUGGACUUCCUUGAUAAUGCUGGCGAGUGGUUUUAUGAUAAAGGCUCCAAGAAAGUGCACGUGAAGACAUUGGAUGGAAUGUCUCCUGAAGGCAGAAUAAGAGGAAAGGUGACGAAAAGCCCCUGUAUUUAACGUAUAUAGAAAGGGGAGGGGGCCGACCAGAAAGGGGCGAGCCAUGGGGCUCAGGUACCGUCCACGCUAAUAAGUUUUCGUUUGAAAACGCAAACAUUUCGAUGCGUUCAGACCUUCCGUCCACUCUAAUACGCUGAGCGUUUUCAUGGAAAACACAUCGAUUUGACAACGUUUUUGAAAGUGGAUCAAAAAGAAAACGCAUAGAUAUCGUAUCAGUGAGAAAGGUCGAAAACACAUCAAAAUUGUACUGUGGACGCGAAUCGAUCGACGCGUUUUCGAUGACAACGAAAACGCAUUGGUGUGGACAGGAACUCAGUGAACAACCUACCGGAAGAGCAAGGGCAGAGGCGAGGGACUGAUGUUCACAGCUUAAUUAAAACCAGUGUUUAAGAUGAAGGCGCCAUUCAGCUUUGGCGAGCCCUGUUUGUCUUAUCAACUUAAGUAGGAAGAAAACAAAGUUUCAUUUUUUUUACUCAGCCUGAGGCAGCACGCAGUUACUCAAAAACUAACCCCAAUUUUAUUAUAUUAUAUUCUAGGUCCAGACAUAUGCAUUCACCAUCACAAAAUGCAAGCACGUUCAUUUUAAACAAAUGACUUUUUUCGGUACCACUCUAAAGGCGCGGCCAACAAGGAAAUGGGACGUUAUUGAAGGGCUCCAUUUCGACACCAUUAAUUUCAAGUUCCCCUCGUAUUCUAUGCGCAUGCUCGGUUUAACCAAUCCUCCGCUCUGUACAGUCAUUGAGGCAAGUCGCGGGAAAAGCUUUCAGCUAAUCAACAGCACCUUCUUCGGGAGCGAUGGAAUGGCUCUCAGAUAUAGUGGUAAAGGCGUUCUACUGCAGAAUAAUUUAUUUGAGUACAAUGACUGGUCCGUAGCUAUUAUGACACAGAAGAGUGGAGGGUUCGGAACUGUGAUUUCCAAUGGGUAUGAAGACAAGUUUAUUCGUAAUACGCUACGUUUCAAUGGCGCCAGCAGUGGUUUUCGUCCAUCAGGAAGGGAUCCUAUUGUUAAGUUGAACCAUGUUCAUCACCAGUGCUGGGGGAUGCUGCAACACGAUGGCGCAGGAGUGCAGUUCCAAAUCGGUGCGCAAACCAAUGCUGUUUCACAACAGAACUGGGUUCACUCCAGUCCAAAAUAUGGGCUCCGCUUCGACGGGCAGCCUCCGAGGGUUGGGCGAUACGGUACCAUGAGGGAAAAUGUUGUGUGGAAAUGUGGUGGAAUCAUGGUGAAAGGGGAUUAUCACAAGGUCCUCAACAACCUCGCUUUCGAGAAAAGAAAUGAAAAAAGCGGCGACAGGCAAGGUGACGGCUGCGCCUUGUGCGUCCUGAAAUUUGUGCGCUCCAAUCCGACAGAAAUUAAUCGAAACUCAGAGGUCGUCAAAAAUGCUGCUGACGUAGCGAAUGGCGGGAAAAGAAAGAGGCCACGUGGUACUUAUCCCCUAGCUGGAAAAACCGUGAAGUUCAAUAGCAUUGGUAAGGUACGACCGGAAGUCAUGGACGCAGAUAACUUGGACUUCCGACCCCGUAAUAGAUCAGCAUAUGUUGAGCAUCAGGCCGGCCCAUACUUGUACAAUCCCCAAAGCAAAUAUUACUGGAUUCCUGGACGACAGUUGUACAAGGCUAGCACCCCUGUCCCUCCUGAUGGUAGUAAAACUAUUAAGGUAAGGGACUAGUUCAUCAUUUAAGCUAAAGAAGAAUCAACUUAAAAGUUGAUUCUUCUAUUUUCGCUUUUUUAUUUUUAUGUUUUCAGUUCGAAGAGAAUUUGAAGACUGUUAUCUAGUAGAAUAAAGAUUGCUUAGAGAACAUCUCACUUGCUCAUAUUACCUCGCAAGAUACGCUACCCGCUAUAAAGGUGGGAUGUACAAAUUGAAUAAAUGUUUGACUUAGAGAAGUGCAAAUAAUUUGUAUAAAAUAAUUUGUAUAAAUCUUUGAAUUGCUCUGCUCCUUCUUUAUUAGAUCGAUAGGGAUGCUGUCAUGUGGCUGAACGCCUAUGGCGUUUCCACUCACCAUGUGUACUUUGGUACAAACAAGGCGAAUGUUGCCGAAGCGACAUCAAAGUCACCCGAGCAUCUAGCGAAGAUCACCGACGAUGGCAAUGUGUAUUACUUGACGAAAAAUCUCCAGUCGGGUAUUACAUACUACUGGCGAGUGGAUGCUGAAAUUGAGGAACAGAUUAUUUACAGAGGCGACGUGUGGUCUUUUCAGACAGUGUGA